ACCAGGGGGAGAGGUGUGACAGCAGGGACAGGACGACACUCACGAAUGUACAUCUUUGAACUAUGCAGGCCACUGCAGUAGUAGAAACCAAUUCUGAUAAAAACUACCAGAAAAAUGGAGGAGACCUCCAAAAAGAUAAACCUUAUAACCCUAAGAAAGAAAACAGGUUACUUUCCAGUGGUUGCAACGAAGUCCAGCUAACUUUUCCUGAUGGUGGAUGGGAUUCCUUGGCAGCCGAACAAGGAGUUAGUGACAAAGAAAUCAACAGCAUUGACAAGAUGGAUUUAUCAGAACCAUCCUCAGUAAAUCAAGACACUAAUGCAGAGAAUAUUUUCUCUCAGUCAAGUGAGUUUGAAGACAGUAUUGACUAUGCUUUUUUGAAUGAGACCUACUCUAUACAUUGCUCAGAAUCAAAACUCCAGAAUGAAAAUCUUCCACAGUUAUAUUCAGAGUUACAACCUGAAAUGCCCAAACAGGCAGAGGCUUUUUUUGGCAUUUUAGGACCUCAAGAUAAUAAUAGUGUUGGAUUGCAGAGCAGCCGUGCGGUUUCAGGUGGAGACCAUGGUGACAUGCACAAGAGUGACAUAGACGAUGAUUCACAGCAGGAGUACCACAGUGCUGAGCAGGAGUGCAUCAGUGCCCACUUACCCUGUGACCCAGCUAAAACAGUAAGCGAAUCGAGGCUGGAGGAGAGCGAGUCGGAGACAGCAGGCUAUGGCAGUAAGUCUGUUGGCAAUUUAGAAGAUAAUUAUGUUAAAUUAGAGAGUGGUCCUAGCCCCUCUGUGGAGUCACUUAAUAUUUUAGCACAAAAAUGUUCACCUCAUUCCUCUAAAUCUCAGAGUUCUGACACGUUAAAACAAUAUCAUGAACCAAAAUUUGAAAAGUGUAAGGAACAAGAGGUUGGUUUACUAAACCGUAAAGCGUUUGAUGACAUUUUACAGAGAAGCAGCUCUCCCUUGAGCCCUCAGAAAGUACCCCAAACUAAAAUGUUUGCUAAAGAAAUGAAACCUCAGACAAUUGAAAGUAAAGAUUUUUGUGGAAAUGGAAUUUUCCAGAACAAAACAUUACAGCACCAUGAGAACCCUGUCUCGUUUCACCAAGACCAAGCCCUUGGGACACAACUGAAGGCUAAUAACAGUCCUCUCGAGACUUCUGGGACUUCCAUUUUUGAUGACUCGGUCAUUUCUCUCUGUGGCUCUUUGCAAUACAAAAGCCUCCCGGAUCCAGGCUUUUUUUCUCCUGUGUUACCAAAGAUGGCAGCCACGGAGAAUCAGGCAGAAGUGGAGGACAGCUGCCUGCACUGUGUAAAAAGCGGUGCCACAAAUAAAACAUGCUCUCCUGAUGUGAAAGAACCAUGUCUUAAGCUAGAGUCAGAUGCCACGAUUCAGCAGACACUGGAUGUGAGCAGAGGGGCAAAUGCAAGGUCUUCUGUCAUGUCUACAUCAAGCAACACAGAGAUAACAAUGAUGAGAAAACAUCAGCCUGAUGAGCGGCAAAGUGAGAGACAAAGUGUGGCCUGUAAUACAGACUGGUCGUGCAGACAGGAUUGCAGAGAUGCAGAGAUGACUGUACCAAAAGAAUCAGGAAAGUCGCUCUCAGGGGACUGUUUAAAGCCUAAUGGGAUUUCCAUGAAUGAGAAAUCCUUGGAACUUAGAAAAACAUUUAAUGGCACAGACAAAAAGAAACAUCCUGAAAGGGCAUGCCAGCGUCAUGAGGAGAUGAAUCUGCCAUCCAGGUGCUGUGAGAGAAGUGUUGAGAGGGCAGUGAAGGCGGAGAUGCACCUGUUGGAUGUUUGCUACCAGAUGUGCCAUCGCCACUGUAGUCACAUUUACAAACUUGUAAUGGAAAGUAGAGCAGGAGUCAAUAGGAAUUUACCAAGUAAUUCUGCUAAGAAGGAAUUAGGAUCAACACUGCUGUCUGUUCUGGGAGACUUGAAAGUUAGGUACAUGAACUUGAAAGAAAAAGUCCACAAGGGCAUUCCACUGGAAGAGCUGCCUCCCCUGUCAAUGGAGUCCAAACUGUUAUCUGCCUUCGCCGAUUUUGCUUCCAGGCUAAUGGAAGAAGAGGCAUGUGGCCUUACAGGAGCAGAUUCUGAGCUGGGUAAUCAAAGCGUACCUGAUGUUGAUGCUUCCCCGAGCCUACAGAAGGAGUUGUCCCAGAUGUCUUUUGUAUCUGACAGUAGUCAUCCUAAACAAGAUAAAUCACCCAUGAAUGAUGGUCUUAAAAAUUGUGAUAUAAACAUAGACUUUACUCAGCUGAAGCUCGAUGAUAAAGAACACAAAAGCGUUUGUGAAGUAAGUGAAGACUGGUUUGACGCAACAGAGAGGCUGACUGGAGUUGACGUCUCAGGACCUCAGGAAACACGAGGAACAGAACACGACGGAUGGAGCCCAAAGAGUCCAUUAGAAAUGAAGAAUGGUGAACAGCUUCGAAGAAGUAAAGGCUUUUUGAUACAUGUUGGUGGUCUUUGCCCCUCUGUAUCUGAGGCUGAUUUAAGGACUCAUUUCCAGAAAUAUCAAGUUUCUGAAAUUUCAAUCGAUGAUUCUACUAAUUACAGAUAUGCAUCUCUUGCCUUUGCAAAAAACAGUAAUGCAAAGAUGGCUGUGAAGGAAAUGAAUGGUAUAGAAAUCAAUGGAAAAUCAGUGAACGUGCGGCUUGUGAAAAUUCCUGGAGAACACACACCACCACUUUUGUCCAAAACUGGGAAUAGCACUAGUGUGAAUCCUUUGGAGAAAAACAUCAACAAAGAAGGCACCUUUGCCUCUUCUGCUUGUAGACUGCCCAGAGCUCGACCAAGGCAGCUGGAGUCUGAGCAAGACAGUGAGUUUCCUCCCUUGGACCAGGGUGUCAAGAAAAACUGUAGCCAGAUUGAGUCUGCUCGGUUAUUACCUGAGACACCUGUUCACUUCAUACCUCCAAAUACAUUGAACCUUCGUAGCUUCACCAAGAUCAUGAAGAGACUGGGUGAGCUGCAUCCAGAUAUCAGCAGAGACCACAUAAUCGAGGCUCUUCAGGAAGUGAGAAUAAAUCAUAAAGGUUUUCUGAAUGGUUUGUCCAUCAACACCAUUGUCAAAAUGACUUCAUCUUUUCUAAGAAAUUCUACUUCCCGUUAGGAAUAAAUGAAGCAAUAUAAAGGUAACGUAGUUGUAUGCUU